CGUGCACAAGAAGUCUCGAGCUUUUUUUCUGCGCAACGUCUCAUUAAAUAACAUGCCAACAAUCAAAGUGCUUUUUACCACAUGUGUUCGUUGAUAAUGUCAAUUUAAGUUUAGGAAGGUCUACCCACCACAAGGUGUUUUUUAUCACAUAUUAUAUCAUCAGUUAUCAGUUAUUUCAUAAAUAUGAAACUACUAAUACAACAUUGAAAACCUAUUGAACAAUUGAUGUUUAAUAUAUGAUAAUGUAGAGCAUUUGAAUAUAAUGAUAUAUACAAUGAACCAUCAAAGGGAAAAUAACAUUGAAUGUCAUAAGAAAUAGGCGUAAGAAACCUCUGGAUUAAAGCUAUUACUAAAGGACUCACUGAUCAAUUUGCAAGCAAGAGAUAAGCAUGGGAUCCAGAAGCUCUACUCGGCCCCCAGAUGUGACCCCAGUGGAGGACCCAGGAAAGCUUGCAGAGCCUCUUGUUGAAAAUGGCUGCUUUAAGAACCCAUUUCCUACAUACCGUGAACCAACGUUUCGGAAUCUGAUGUCGCUAAUUUGGGCAUUUCAAACUCAAGAUAAAAGUAACGUACCUUCAAAGGAAAUGAUUUUAAACCAAACAUUGCCCAUGGAAAAGCCAGACUUCAAGAAAUUUGAAUCGGAACCUGGAAACAAUUUAAAGUACAUGUGGGUUGGACACGCUUCAUGUCUGGUUAAAGUGGAUGAUCUGACAAUACUCACGGAUCCCGUGUGGGCUCAGAGGUGUGGCCCCUUUGGAAUAUUUGGCCCCAAGAGGUACAGAGAUGUAGUGUGUAGUAUAGAGGAACUGCCUGACAUCGAUGCAGUUGUCAUCAGCCACAAUCACUAUGACCAUCUUGACCACAGCGCAGUGAAGAAAUUGAAUGCACGUUUCCAAGACAGACUGUGCUGGUUUGUAGCCCAGGGUCAGGCCCAGUGGAUGAAGGACGCGGGCUGUAAGACGGUGGUAGAGCUCUCGUGGUGGGGCGAGCACACUCUGAAGGCACACGGCAAGGAAUAUCUGGUGGCAGCCACCCCGACCCAGCACUGGUGCAAGCGUACUGCGACUGACACAAACAAGGCGCUAUGGUGUAGUUGGGUGGUUAAAGGUCCCAGGCACAGUUUCUACUUCGCUGGGGACACGGGUUACUGUUACGCCUUCAAACAGAUCGGCAGGAUACAUGGACCAUUCUCCCUGGCAGCCAUUCCUAUUGGGGCAUAUGAACCGAGGUGGUUUAUGCAGCCACAGCAUGUUAACACAGAUGAGGCCGUGGAAAUGCAUAAGGAUCUGAGAUCAGAGCAGUCUGUUGGCAUCCACUGGGGCACAUUUAAACUGACAAAUGAGCCUUAUAUGGAACCGAAAGAAAAGCUUGAGAAAAUUCUAAACUUACAAAAGCUGCCACUGUCUAGUUUUGUAACAGUUAAGCACGGUGAGAUAGUGGACUUUCUGGCCAAGUCGGGGACCAAUGGUGAUACAAGGAAUACCUCAGAGUUGAUAGAGGAGACUAAGCAUAUGCCAGGGACAGCAAAACAGGAAACACAUGGAAAAUCAAAUAUUUAAUGUCAGUAAUAUAAGCAACAAUUUUCUUACAUUACUAAAAAAAUCCUCUCUUACAGAAAUAUGUUUUUGUAUAGUAUUAAAUCAAAUCUGUCUUAACCAUUACCAAGGCUUUGGAGAGUGCCACAUUUUUACAUUUCAUUGAAAUGCCUUUGGAAUGUUCAAAUACAUAACUGUGUUUAGAGGAAGAAACAAUUUUACAUGUACUUAUUUUGUAUAAUGAUAAGUGAUAUAUACAAAAUAUCACUAUUUGCCAUAGUAUUUGGUUAUCAAUACUGGUUGCACAUGUCGUAAGUUAACGUCAUUAAAUAAUUUGAGAAGACACAUACUGUGAUUAAAUUAACCCUUUGCAUGCUGGGAAAUUUGUCGUCUGCUAAAAUGUAGUCUGCUGAAUUUCUAAAAUUAGCAUUUUCUUCGAUUUUUUUCAAAGAAUAUUAUCAGAAUAGCAAACAGUUUGGAUCCUGAUGAGACGCCACGUUUUGUGGCGUCUCAUCUGGAUCCAAACUGUUUGCAAAGGUCUUCAAAAUUCGGUUCCCGCACUGAAAGGGUUAAGAAAGACAACGCCUUGCAGUAUUGAACAAGUUAAUAAAGUUUUAUCAAGGCAUGUAUUAACAUUUAGAUAUAAUUUGUAUAGGUAAAUACUUUCAAGUAAAUAGUGUAACAUUAUUUUGUUAUUGUAAAUGCUUUUAUCAAAACAGUGUGUUAUGUUUGCAGUAUUAAAGCUUUGUACAUUUUGUGAAUUUAAUUGUUUUUAGCUCACCUGUCACGAAGUGACAUGGUGAGCUUAUGUGACCGUGUGAUGUCCGGCGUCCGUUGUGUGUGGGUGCCUGCGUGCAUGCGUGCGUCUGUCAACAAUUUGUUUGUGUAGACAGUAGAGGUCACAGUUUUCAUCCAAUCUUUAUGAAAUUUGGUCAGAAUGUUUAUCUUUAUGAAAUCUGGGUUGGGAUUGUAUUUGGGUCAUCUGGGGUCAAAAACUAGGUCACUAGGUCAAAAACUAGGUCACAAAAUAGGUCAAAUAAUAGAAAAACCUUGUGUAGACAAUAGAGGUCGCAGUUUUCAUCCAAUCUUUAUGAAAUUUGGUCAGAAUGUUUAUCUUGAUAAAAUCUGGGUAGGGAUUGUAUUUGGGUCAUCUGGGGUCAAAAACUAGGUCACUAGGUCAAAUAAUUGAAAAAUCAUCAACAAUUUGUUUGUGUAGACAGUAGAGGUCACAGUUUUCAUCCAAUGUUUAUGAAAUUUGGUCAGAAUGUUUAUCUUGAUAUAAUCUGGGUUGGGAUUGUAUUUUGGUCAUCUGGGGUCAAAAACUAGGUCACUAGGUAAAACUAGGUCAAAUAAUAGAAAAACCUCUGGUAGACAAUAGAGGUCGCAGUUUUCAUCUAAUCUUUAUGAAAAUUGGUCAGAAUGUUUAUCUUAAUGAAAUCUGGCUUGGGAAUGUAUUUGGGUCAUCUGGGGUUAAAAACUAGGUCACUAGGUCAAAAACUAGGUCAAAUAAUAGAAAAACCUCUUGUAGACAAUAGAGGUCGCAGUUUUCAUCCAAUCUUUAUGAAAUUUGGUCAGAAUGUUUAUCUUGAUGAAAUCUGGGUUGGGAUUGUAUUUGGGUCAUCUGAGAUCAAAAACUAGGUCACUAGGUCAAAUAAUAGAAAAACCGUCAACAAUUUGUUUGUGUAGACAGUAGAGGUCACAGUUUUCAUCCAAUGUUUAUGAAAUUUGGUCAGAAUGUUUAUCUUGAUGAAAUCUGGGUUGGGAUUGUAUUUGGGUCAUCUGGGGUCAAAAACUAGGUCACUAGGUCAAAAACUAAGUCACUAGGUGAAAUAAUAGAAAAACCUUGUAUAGACAAUAGAGGUCACAGUUUUCAUCCAAUCUUCAUGGAAUGUGGUCAGAAUGUUUGCCUUGAUGAAAUCUGGGUUGGGAUUGUAUUUGGGUCACCUGGGGUCAAAAACUAGGUCAAUAGGUCAAAUAUUAGAAAAACCUUGUGUAGACAAUAGAGGUCACAGUUUUCAUCCAAUCUUUAUUAAAUUUGGUCAGAAUGUUUAUCUUGAUGAAAACUGGGUUAGGAUUGUAUUUGGUUAGUCAGGUGAGCGAUUCAGGGCCAUCAUGGCCCUCUUGUCUGUUGUUAUUGUCAUCAUGUUUACUGGCUAGUUAUGCCUUUAUUGUAGUUAAUACCCAGAAUGGAUGUUUAAACAAACAUAUAUGUUGUGACGUGGCCAAGCCCCAAACUGUAUUAGGUAACUGACAAUUCCAAGACGGUAACGCUCGGGGAUAAGCCUACUGCGUUUUUGCUCAGAAUUUGUACAAUUUGCUUUACGUAUUUUUAACUCGAGAAAAACUGAUUUAAACAGAGAAGGUUUAUGUACAAGUAAGAGAUAUUAUAAAGACUUAAUUCAUAAGAAAAAAGUCUGUUAUUUAUUCAAAAAUGUUUUAGAUUAAAAACCAAAGAAAACACAAACCAAGGGAGUUUUGGCGAUUUUUUCAAAAAAAAUUAGCGACAAAAAAUUUACAAGAGCUCUGCGUUUGGAGACUAAUGCCUCCCAAACAGGGCCUUGACACGGGAUUGUUUGCAACAAAACUGACCAUAAGAGUUAAUAUUAUCAUUACUAAAGCCACUUAAAUAAGUUUUUAGUUGACAUAGAAUUAUGCACUUCUGUUAAAUCAUCGUUAUAGUAAAUGGGAUGAGAAUAUUAUAGUAUAUAACUAGGGGUCAUCUACUGUCCAAGGCCAAUGCACAUGUGAAGUAUAAAGCCAAUCGGUCAAUUUGUUGAUUAGGUAUUGAUCGGAAACGAUUUUCACAUUAAUUGUGAUAGUGACCUUGACCUUUGACAUAGUGACACCAAUUUCAAUAGGGGUUUCUCUACUUCCCAAUGCCAAGGCACAUGAGAGGUAUCAAGACAAUCGGUGAAUCAAUUGACAAGUUAUUGAUCGGAAAGUUAAUGAUUGGAAACAAUUUCACACUUAGUGUGGCCUUGACCUUUGACCAAGUGACCCCAGUUUCAAUAGGGGCCAUCUACUGUCCAACGCCAAUGCACAUGGGAAGUAUCAAGCCAAUCUAUACCUCAGUUCACAAGUUAUUGAUCGGAAACACUAAUAACUUUAGAAGAAUUAACAACGUUUUUUGACAACCUAAGUAACAGUAUGUCAGAUUUGUGUAAUUCUGAUGUUGAAGAUUUCUGUGCAAAUAAUGAUUUUAACUUAGAUCAUACUGCAUUUUCUGAACUUGACAAUAGCUGAAUAAGUUAAUAAAACAUAUACAACAAAAUAGAUGAUCUAACAGUGAUUGCAUUUGAAUGAAUAUUUAAAUGAAUCCAGCGAUAUUUUAUCGUCCCAUUUGUGUGACUUAUUUAACGGUAUUUUUGUAUCGGGCAUUUUCCCGAUAAACGGACAAAAGGGUUAUACUUCCUUUACACAAAAAUGUGCUGAAGAGGGAUGGAUUCAAAGAAAAUGUAAAAUUGACAUUCAAUGUCAUUGAAGUGGAUGAUAACUUUUACUAUUUAGGAAGGAACGGUGUUGAAUUAUACAUGAAAUUUGAAAUUUAACCAGGAACAUUUGGACGGCUAAGCUCUUAAGGAAAUAUAUACAUUAUUGUUUAAAUGUUAUGACUUUGACAUAAAACCAAAAAUAUAGUGUCCAUUGUUUGACUCGUUUGUAGGUUCAUUAAAGUAUGCUUCAGAAGUAUGGGGUUUCACAAAGUCAGAUGAUAUUGAACGCAUUCAUUAAAAUUUUUGCAAACGAUUAUUACAUUAUUAUAAUUCCACAAGUUACUAGUCUGUCUGUCUGUCUGUCUGUCUGUCUGUCUGUCUGUCUGUCUGUCUGUCUGUCUGUCUGUCUGUCUGUCUGUCUGUCUGUCUGUCUGUCUGUCUGUCUGUCUGUCUGUCUGUCUGUCUGUCUGUCUGUCUGUCUGUCUGUCUGUCUGUCUGUCUGUCUGUCUGUCUGUCUGUCUGUCUGUCUGUCUGUCGGUCGGUCGGUCGGUCGGUCGGUCGGUCGGUCGGUCGGUCGGUCGGUCGGUCGGUCGGUCGGUCGGUCCGUCCGUCGUCCGUCCGUCCGUCCGUCCGUCUGUCUGUAUUUUUUACGUUGUACUAAGUUGCGUGAUUGACACAAUCGAAACUAUUCUUAAUACUGACUGAACAACGUGGUCCUGCUAUUAAGAAAUUUAUAUAAUUGACGCAGCCAGAGUGUUAGAUCUCCUUUUUUGCUCAACGAAAGCGAGUAGCAUAUUGUCGCCGAUUUGUCCGUCCGUGCGAGUUCUGAUUUUCAUGGAAUACAGUUUGCGUGGGCAACAACUUUCCCAAAUAAAUGUUUCUGUUCUUCUUGAUGUUGUUCGAUCUUCCGUCCGUCAUACUUUUCGUAUAUGAGCGAGAUCUUAGAUACUUAUGUUCCGUAUUUUAUGAAAAUUAAUAUGCAGCAUCAUUGUCUGUUCGUUCAGGUAUAAUGCUUUUCCAUGGAGGUAUUGCUCUCUGAUCAUUAAUAAAUGAGCUUUCGUUUCCAUGCAAGAUCUAAGACACAGAUGAUCCGAAUUCGAUGACGAUUGAUGCAGCAUUUCUUUGGCAUGGAAUCGCGCAUCAUCGUUAUGUUGUUCCGGUCAUAUGGUUGUUCGGUGCAUUAUUGCGCUCCUUGAACAAUAAGUCGUUCCCACAAAAUCAAGCCAUACAUUUACAAAGAGCAAAAUCGGAGAUAAUUCAUCAGUUUCACUGACAUUGUUGAUUGUUUGGAGAAUUGAUGCUAUGUUUAAACGAGAAUUUAGAUGUGUUGUUUUUUACGUGGCAAUCAGUGUUAGGAUUAUUAUAGAAAAGGCACCCCUGAUAUCAAUACGAUACAGUAUAAACGGUUAAAGGAACGGAAAGUCAACAAUCUCGUAUUUUAAUGGAAAAGAAUUAUUUAAUUUUAUCACAUGUCAUACCCUGUUUCCCAUGUAAUAUAACAAUUACGAAUAUUUUUAUCUUACACAUGUGCAAUAUACUUUUUAAGCGUUUUCAUUGGCUUAUUUUCGUUCGAUUGACCAAUCGCAUUUUUUUUAUUUAAGCUGAAAUGACGUUGCAACGUCAAAUGACGUCAAGAAAUGUAAACAACAUUCGGAAUUUAUCAUUAUGUUUGCGUAAAUAUUUAUUUAAUUUGCUCAUUUAAAAGCAUGUGAUAAAAAAGAUCUGACACUCGUUGUCAUUUCACACCAUAUUUUGUUAAACUCGUCCAGGAAACUCGUUAGUAAGCUCGCCAAAGGCUCGCUAACUAACAAAAUUCCUGAACUCGUUUAAUAAAAUAUGGUUUGAUAUGACAACUCGUGCCUGAUUCUAUAUAUGUUUGUGAAAUAAAUGACGCUACGUCAAGAUUCAGGAAUACGGCAUUUAACAAUAUAAGUUGUAAAUGUAUAAUAUAAUAUACAAUAUGUUUAUUAAUAAAAUCGCAUGGAACUAA